CGCCCCUGAACACACACCACGACGCACUGAACUAAGAGAGGCCCUCGGCGGUGCAGGGCCACUGCAUCUGCUUCGUUGACACACGGCGACACGAGGAAGAGAGAAGAACCUUCAAAGUGCAGAGGAAAUAGGAGGUCGUGGUACAGCGGCUGGUGGGGCUGCCAGAAGGAGAUUGAGUACAGACGCAAGCCCGACCCCAUUCACCACUACGCCCUCGCUGUUGCGUCUCUCCUGGUGAUCCUGAUUGCAGCUCUCGUGGCCACGGCGCUUCCAGCGAGACUGCACACCUCAUUCAUCGAAAACCUCACGAUGCCCCAAUAACGAUAUCUUAUUCGUUAUUGGCGAAUAAGAUUCCGUCUGUUGGCGAAGCCGAAAUUUAGCGUCAUAGAAAAAAUCAAGACCAUUGGUAGCACGUACAUGGUGGCAGCUGGUCUUCAUCCGGGCAAGGAGAAUGCGAGAGACAAGACAGAAUGCUGUUUAGUUCUGCUCGUGGAGUUUGCGCUGGCCAUGGCGGCUGCGCUUGACUCCAUUAACAGGGAGAGCUUUCAGAACUUCAAACUGCGCGUUGGCCUAGCACACGGCCCCGUCAUCGCUGGCGUCGUGGGCGCUCAGAAGCCGCAGUACGACAUCUGGGGGAACACUGUGAACGUAGCCUCGAGGAUGGAUUCCACCGGCGUCAUGGGCAGAAUACAGGUCACUGAGGAGACGGCAGCCAUCUUCCAAGGAGCCGGCUGGAAGUGCGAGUGUCGGGGGCCGCGCGCCAUCACGGGCAAAGGCACCUUGGUUACCUACCUGGUGACGACACCCCAGGACCCGCCCGCCUCGGAGCUCCGCAGCGCAGCUUCUGCCUACGCCCUGAGACCUGAAGAAGGUGCUCUGCUCCGCCGACCCACAGCUGCAUCAGUCAGAGACGUCAGAGUCUUUGUUAGUUCAGCUAAUUCUAUUUUGUCCCUGUUUGGCGAUACUUUCAUGACCCUACGUUUUUGCAUAAGUUCUUUAGUUUCUAUCGAGAGCUUAUUGGAGCUUUGUUUGACGCUCUAA